AUGAAAUAUUUAACAUUCGCUUCAAUUUUAUCAUUAUUAUCAUCAACUACAUUAGCAGCAAUAAAAGAUAUUCAAUUAAUUGCUGAAUCAAACGAUCAAGAAAUUAAUAGUAAGGGUUUAUCAUCAAUUCAUGAAGGUGCAGGAAUAAAUUAUUUCUUUUUAGGUGAAAAUCCUCAAAAUUUAAAAUAUGAUGAUGAAAAAAAACAAAUUUAUAUCUUGUUAAAUGUAAAUAAUGGUCAACAACAAGUUCCUCAAAGUUUGAAUUUUAAUGGUAAAUUUUUAUCAUUAUCUGUUUCUGAACCAUUAGCUGUUGAAAUUGAUGAAAAUGAUAUUUUACAAUUUGAUGGUUCAAAUAAUUUAUUUGCUGCUAAAGAUCAAAAUGAUCCUUAUCAAUAUUCAAGAAGUAGUUAUGCUAUUGUUAAUGAGGACGGUGAAGAUCAUAAACCAUUAAGUAUCAAAGCUUUAUUUGUAAAUGGUGAUGAUGAUUCAAGUUCAUCUUCAGAAGCUCCAUCUUCAUCAAUUCCUCCAAUUUCUUUACCAUCACCAAUUUCAUCAUCAUCAGGUUUGCCACAAUAUCCAAAUGGUACAACAAGUACAAAAACUGAUAUUCAAACAACAACAUUAACAAUUACAAGUUGUAAACAAGAUCAUUGUAAAACUUCAACUAUAACUACUGGAUUAACAACAAGAACUGAAUGGGAUACAACUUAUGUUACUUAUUGUCCAUUACCAAGUGAAACUGAAACUCAUACUGAACCAGAAACUACUCAUUUAUUAACUGAAUCAACUACUUCACCAAUUGAAACUGGUACUGAAACUUUAACUACUAAACAAUCUACAACUGUUGAUUCACAAUCUUCAAGUGUUGGAGAAUCUGAAUCUCCUUCAUCAUCUUCAACUCCAGGUGUUACUUCUUAUGAAGGUUCAGCAGUUAAAUCAUCAGGUUCAAUUUUAGCUGUUGUUAUUGCAGCAUUUGGAUUUUUAGUUUAA